CUGUUAAUAACACGUCAAUAAGCCACACUGUUGCACUAGGUGACAUGGUCCUUGGCUCUGACAUUUUCACUCCAAGGAGAGUAAUUCCAUGUAAAACUGAAAUGAUACUUUCCGCGAGGGUCCGUAGGGUCCACCUGACAUAAAUUUCAUCAUCAGAGGGUGUAUGUGUAGGCUCUGUGCGGACAUCCGUGUACCUACAAUUUGUUGUGUGCAGACGGACCUGUCCACCCCAGUCCGCAUGGUCACAACGCUGUCUCCCUGUAUCUGUAUCCUGAUCUACUGCAAAUGUGUUGAACGCGUAUAAACAUUAGACAGUAUAAACAGAACAACUACCCAUCUGUGGUGUCUAUAGCUGUCCGUGCAUGUGUUCGCGUGGGGCUACAAAUGAAGCUUAACAGUGCUUCGCUAGCUUGCUGUGCUAUAUAUCACAACCUCUUGAUUUUGUAUUUAGUGAAAAUUACAAUGUAGCACAAAGUCAAGAGGUUGUGAUAUGUAGCACAACAUGCUAACAAAUGCGCAGCUAGCAAAUGCAUUACAAGGAACUGCUCUCCUGAGACUGAAAAUGUGACAGCUGUUGCUAGUGUUUGGAGCCGUUUCUAAUCAAAUUACCGUAACCCUUGCCUUCGGAACAUGUCAACAUACUGGGCAUGAAGAGAUCCCUUCCCUAACAAGAAAUAAGGGACAAAAUCAACAGUUACAGAACCAGUUAAAAGUUUGGACACACCUUCCCAUUCACUUGAAUGAGAAAGUGUGUCUAAACUUUUGACUGUUAAUGUAUGCAAAAAUGCAUUCCAUAAACAAAACAGUGGGCAUCUUCCAAAGUUACCAUGUUUUUGGUCCAGAAUUUCCUCUUUGUGUUAUAAUCCCUCUGCAAGGAUCAUCAUGAAGACAGUGGCUGUCAUUUUGUGCUAAAAGAGAAUAACUUCUGCAGAUGCACACUUCAUUUAACUACCUCACAUUGUUGAAGACUCAUUUAAGCUUCAGCUGAGCUUUGGAGCACAUUUUUGUAUGAAAAGUUAAUACUGGAAAUUCACCAAUUGCAGAUUGAGUGGCAGCAAGUUUCAUCUGCAGGUGUUGGAGAAAACCAGUCUGCAAUGCCCUGAGCCUGAGGACAGCAGUAUAAUGCUGGUUGCGAGUAAACGUGGCAAGAUUCCCUGCCCAGGUCUCAACUGUUACAGCACAGACGUCAGCUGGUACAAGGGUAACAACACUCCAUGGAGGAGUAGACUCUGCAGUAUGGAGAACGGCGAGUUAAUUUUCGCCAAAGUCAGUUACCAUGACACAGGUGUAUAUUUCUGUGAUAGACUGAUAACUGAGCAAGGAGUCACGUGGACUUUCAGGAGGGCUGUUAAUGUCACAAGCAUACCACGUGAGAACGCAACAUACCCUCCAAGGAUUGCGCAUCCUGCUGACAACAUGACAGAAGUAGUGCAGCUUGGCCAGCCUCACAAUCUGACAUGUGAGGUAUAUUUUCCUUUUGAGAUAAAGUUUUUGCCGGAGGUGCAGUGGUACGUGAAUUACAGUGGCAGCAUGGAGAAUAUGACUCUACUACACAUGCAGAGCCAACAACAGAACAGAGUGUCAUUUGAAGAGUAUGUGGUCAUACAGACAGCCAUCAUAAAUGAGGUGACUCCACUACACUUGAACCACAGAUAUACCUGUAUCGCAAGGAAUACUGUCAACACCAUAAGUGCCACUGUCAAGCUCAAAACUGAAGUAAAAUGGCCAUCACUGGUUGGCUAUCCUAUUGCGUCUUUGCUGCUGGUAGCUGGGUUGGGAAUCAUUUUGCGUGUGAAAUGGCUGGAAGUACAAGUAAUCUACAAAUCCCAUUUUCAACGCGGAAAACUCGAUGGAGAUGAGAAAGAGUUUGAUGUGUUUCUGUCAUAUGUGCUGAGUCCUCCAUCAGCAGAAGUGGAGGGAGGUUUGACCCUUUCCUCCCCAUCAAGACCUGACAGUGAUGUGAAAGAAUGUCUGUCCAGCCUGGACCCGCUAAACACAGAGGAGGGGAACACCCAGAGGGCACUAGAGGUGCUACUCCCCCAAGUGUUAGAGGACCGGUGGGGGUAUCGCCUCUGUCUGCUGGAGAGGGAUGUGCUUCCUGGAGGAGCAUAUACAAAUGAUGUGGUCCACGCAAUACAGAGAAGCAAAAUGCUCAUUUGUCUCCUGUCAGAUGACUACCUCUCCAACAGCAAUGCUGUGUUUGUACUGGAAUCAGGAGUUCAGGCUUUGCUGCAUAACUCUGCCCUCAAACUCCUGCUAAUAUGGACCAACAGAACUUCAAAAUCCCUCGUCCAGCCAGACCCGCCGCUGCCUUCAGUGGUCCAAAGGGCCUUGAAGGUGCUACCCAGUCUGGACUGGACCUCAGGCAAGCCUGCAAGUGCAACCAGCAACUUCUGGAGAUCACUGAAAAAGGCCAUGCCCAAUCACAGAGUAAAGCUGGUUUCACUCAUGCAGAACCAAUGAUUGGACUCUUACAAAAACAACAUGUUUUAACUAACAUGGUGCACAGUAUUUUGAUAGAUUUGGUUUGUGUUAUCCCACUCUUCACUGAAACUGUUAGCAGCCAUGUGCAAGUUAUGAAUGCACAAAUGUAUCAAGGAAAUUUCCAUGACAGGAAGGGUACCCAAUCAUGUUUCAUUUUCAGAAGUAGGAAAAAAAUUGUCACCAUUUGAGCCAUUCUCACAAUCCAGUAGCGGUGUGUAGUCUGACUCUUAAUUUCUAUCUGUGUCCCCAAUACACUGUGUUAAAUAGUGCAAUAUAAUCAAUGACUUCUCAGCUGUACAUUGUUGGACAAAAACAAAGAAAUAAAGAAAAAAUAACAUGUAGACUAGUGCACUGAUAAGCAACAAAAUGUAGGAAAGACGAUGCAAUGUUAUUUCCAGUUAAACUUGAAAAAUUUACCCUUCAUAUAGCUGUUUGUCUAUCAGUUUAAAUGCAAGAAAAUCACAUUGUGAAGUGUAGUUCAUGUAUUCUGUUACAAGAAACAUGUCAGGAGCAAACAUUUGACACAAUACAUAUCAUCCAAAAUGUUUAUUUGAUUGGAUAUUAAAUAUGUAUUCAACAGAGUUCUGUCUAAUAAAACAGGGUAUUGCAGUGAAUAUUAAUAUAUUUCAUUUGGGGAAACAUGUGCAACAGUUAGGUAAUAGGUAUAUUUUUGAGUACAGGGAUUUUCCAAAAAGAGGUGGAGGUGGUGGCCAUGUCAUGUAUGAUUCUGGUUUUCACACUAAAACAUAUCAGUCUUUCUGUUGUGAACAUAAACACAGCCACAUUUCUAAGUUUGCAAGAUUCAGUGAAGCAUAAAGAAAUACAGUGUUGCGUAAGCAAAUGCAGAAA